AAUUGUCCUCUUUUCCCCCCUGCACAGUUCCAAGAUGAAAUGGGAUUCUCCAAUAUGGAAGACGAUGGCCCAGAGGAGGAGGAGCGCGUAACAGAAUCCCGGCCUAGCUUCAACACUCCUCAAGCCCUACGGUUUGAGGAGCCAUUGGCCAACUUACUAAACGAACGACAUCGGACAGUGAAAGAGCUGCUUGAACAGCUGAAAAUGAAAAAAUCUUCAGUCCGACAGCAGCCUGAAGUGGAGAAGCUGAAGCCUCAGACGGAGAAAGUCCAUCAGACUCUGGUUCUUGACCCGGCACAAAGGAGCAGGCUUCAGCAGCAGAUGCAGCAGCAUGUUCAGCUCUUGACACAAAUCUACCUUCUCACCACCUCCAACCCCAACCUCAGCUCCGAGGCCAGUACCACCAGAGUAUUUCUGAAAGAGCUGGGCACCUUUGCUGAGAACUCCAUUGCUCUUCACCAGCAGUUCAACCCCGGGUUCCAGACCUUGUUCCAGCCUUGUAACUGGAUGGGGGCUAUGCAGCUCAUUGAAGACUUCACCCACAUCAGCAUUGACUGCAGUCCUCAUAAAACCGUCAAGAAGACUGCCAGCGAAUUUCCCUGUUUGCCAAAGCAAGUGGCUUGGAUCCUGGCCACAAACAAGGUUUUCAUGUAUCCAGAGCUCCUCCCAAUAUGUUCGCUGAAGGCAAAUAAUCCUCGGGAUAAGACCAUCUUUACCAAGGCUGAGGACAAUCUGUUAGCCUUAGGACUGAAGCACUUCGAAGGGACUGAGUUUCCGAAGCCUCUGAUCAGCAAGUACCUUGUGACUUGUAAGACUGCUCACCAGCUGACGGUGAGGAUCAAGAACCUCAACCUGAACAGAGCUCCCAACAACGUGAUUAAAUUUUAUAAGAAGACCAAACAGCUGCCAGUUCUGGUGAGGUGCUGUGAAGAGAUCCAGCCACAUCAGUGGAAGCCGCCUAUUGAGAAAGAAGAACACCGGCUUCCAUUCUGGUUAAAGGCUAGUCUACAGUCCAUUCAGGAAGAACUGCGGAACCUAGCCGGAGGCGCUACAGCGGGAGGAAGUGUGACCGCAGCCACUGAGACCAGCACAGAUCAGCACUUGCAGAAAACCAGCCCUGUCGUGGGUGGUGACACUCAGUACCCACUGCUGCUGCCCAAGGGUGUAGUACUGAAGCUGAAGCCGGGUUCCAAGCGCUUCUCCAGAAAGGCUUGGCGACAGAAGCGGCCCUUGGUCCAGAAGCCUCUCCUCAUCCAACCCAGCCCCUCUGUUCAGCCUGUGUUCAACCCUGGGAAAAUGGCAACCUGGCCAACUCAGUUAGAAGUCCCUCCAAGCAACAUGGUGGUCCAGAUUCCUCAUCUGAUCCAGCCAGCUGCUGUUUUACAGACUCUUCCAGGUUUCCCUUCGGUGGGUGUCUGUGGAGAAGACAGCUUUGAGUCUCCCGCAGCACUGCCUGCCAUGCCUUCUGGGUCUGAAGCCAGAACCAGCUUCCCCUGGUCUGAGUCUCAGUCAGCACCACCUUCGUCCUCUGCACCCAAAUUAAUGCUUUCCUCACUUGGCCCCUCUAAUUUUCGAAAGCCAUAUGUGAGGCGUAAGCCCACAAGAAGAAAAGGAGCCAAGGCUUCCCCCUGUGUGAAACCUGCUCCCAUCAUCCACCCCACACCUGUCAUCUUCACAGUUCCUGCCACCACAGUGAAGGUUGUAAGCCUAGGAGGUGGCUGUAACAUGAUCCAGCCUGUCACAGCAGCUGUAGCACCCAGUCCCCAGACCAUCCCUAUCACCACUCUGCUUGUCAACCCUACUUCUUUCCCCUGUUCAUUAAACCCACCCCUCAUGGCCUCCCCCAUCUCCCCCUUACUUGUUUCCAGCAAUCCCCUGGCUCUCCCUGUCACAUCUCUUCCUGAAGAGAAGGCUCACGUGAGCUUGGAUAUUGCCGAAGGGAAAAAUGCUCCUCAGAACCCCGAGCCCAAAAUAAAACCCCAGGAACCAACCCCUCAGUGUGCUACUGUCUUCUCCAAAGAGGAGCCCAGGUCAUGGCGUCCUUCAGCAGAUACAGGAAACCAGGAAGCAGUCUCUGAAUCCAGUGCCUGCAGCUGGGCUGCUGUGAAAACAGAAGGCCAGGAAGGGUCUUCAGAGAAGAGUGUUUGUGGCUGGACUGUUGUGAAAACAGAAGAUGGUGGGCAUGCUGUGCAGCCAUUGCCUCAGGAUCCCCAGGGCUCUCUGAACUCUCCAUCGAAGGAUUUAUUAAACAUGGUCAAGUUGGAAGCCGAGGAUUGUAUGGAGGAGAUCUCCAGCGACUUCCCCAAGCAGGACAUUGGCGAGGAAGUGAAAGAGGAAUGCUCUAUGGAGUUAGACAGGGACUCCCCACAGGAAAAGGCGAGUAGUGCGAGUGAGAUGAGUAAACAGACAGCCACGCCAAGGGAAGAGACGCAGGCCGCUAAAUCCCCUUCUGUGUCUCAAGAUGCUCCCGAUGAGGGACGACCAAUUAGGGAUGCAAGCAAAGGAUUGCCACAAAGCACUCUGUCCUCCCUGGACCAGGGCACAGUGCUUAGCAGUCCUCCAGGGAAGCCUGAGGACUCAGCCAACGCUGAUGGUCAGUCUGUGGGAACCCCAGCAGGAACAGACACUGGAGCGGAGAAGGACGGGGCUGAGGAAGAAGAGGAGGAGGACUUUGAUGACCUCACCCAAGAUGAAGAAGAUGAACUGUCCUCAGCUUCUGAGGAGUCUGUACUUUCUGUCCCAGAGCUCCAGGAAACAAUGGAGAAACUGACUUGGUUGGCAUCUGAAAGGCGGAUGAGUCAGGAGGGUGAGUCUGAGGAGGAGAACUCCCAGGAGGAGAACUCUGAGCCGGAAGAAGAGGAGGAAGAGGAGGCAGAGGGAAUGGAAACCUUGCAGAAAGAGGAUGAAGCGACCGAUGAAGCAGGUGGAGGUGCUGCUGAGAAACCCCCGUCUACCUUGGCCUCACCUCAGACUGCUCCAGAAGUAGAGACCAGCAUAACCCCAGCAGGGGAGAGCAUCAAAGCUGCUGGGAAGGGACGGAGCAGUCAUCGGGCUCGGAGCAGACGGGGAAGUCGGGCCCGGUCCAGCAAGGAUGCCUCCAAGCUGCUGUUGCUGUACGACGAGGACAUUCUUGACCGGGACCCACUCAGGGAGCAGAAGGACCUGGCAUUCGCACAGGCUUACCUAACCAGGGUGCGAGAAGCCCUCCAGCAUAUCCCUGGCAAAUAUGAAGAUUUCCUUCAGAUCAUCUAUGAAUUUGAGUCAAAUGCCCAAAUGCACAGCGCUGUGGAUCUCUUCAAAAGCUUGCAAACUCUUCUCCACGACUGGCCUCAGCUCUUGAAGGACUUUGCUGCUUUCCUGCUGCCUGAGCAGGCCUUGUCCUGUGGACUCUUCGAGGAGCAACAGGCUUUUGAGAAGAGUCGCAAGUUCCUUCGGCAGCUGGAGAUAUGUUUUGCAGAGAACCCAUCGCACCACCAGAAGAUCAUCAAGGUUCUUCAGGGCUGUGCAGACUGCCUUCCUCAGGACAUCACUGAGCUCAAGACACAGAUGUGGCAGCUUCUCAGAGGCCAUGACCACCUACAGGAUGAGUUCUCCAUCUUUUUUGAUCAUCUGCGACCAGCAGCUAACAGGAUGGGUGACUUUGAAGAGAUCAAUUGGACUGAAGAGAAAGAGUAUGAGUUUGAUGGCUUUGAAGAAGUGAUACUCCCUGAGGUGGAAGAGGAAGAAGAGCCUGCCAAGGUGUCCACAGCCUCCAAGAGUAAGAGGCGGAAAGAGAUUGGGGUCCAGCACCAAGAUAAGGAGUCGGAAUGGCCUGAAGCAGCCAAGGAUGGUUCCUGUCCCUGCCAUGAGGGAGGCCCGGAAUCUAAGCUGAAGAAGAGCAAAAGGAGAAAUUGUCACUGCAGCAGCAAGGUCUGUGACAGUAAAUCCUACAAGAGCAAGGAGCCCCUCGAGUUGGUGGGCAGUGGCCCCCUCCAAGAGGCCAGUACUGUGCCCGGCACUAAGGAGGCGGGACAAGGCAAGGACAUGUCAGAAGAGGAGACCAUGGAGGGGCAGGAGAACGUGGAGGUGAGCCAGAAUAAGACUGGCAGGACCACCAGAAAGGGAGAGGCACCCAUUCCAGGGUCAACAGGAGGGACUGCUUUGCUGUGCUCUGCAGAAGUGACUCCCAUGGAGCUGUCCUUGGAGGGCCCCACAUGCUGCUCACCAGAGACUCCUCGGUGUCCUCCUCAGACUGGAGCUGUAGUCUGUUCUGUCAGGAGAAACCAGGCUGGGCCUGAAGUCGUCUCCUGCCUUGGUACAUCCUCUAUCCCUCCUGAAGAGGGGGAGGACCAAAAGGCUGUGGCUAACUCAGAGACUAUUGCACCCCUCCCAGAAACAUCAGAAACUGAGAGACUGCCGGGAACUGUGGAGCUCCCUGCUCCCCUCCCCAGUCCUGUUUCCUUAAGGACCAGAGACACUGGGAGAAGACACAUAUAUGGGAAAGCAGGCACUCAGAGUUGGCUACUCGACAAUAGAGCUGAGGCAAAGGCAGCCCAUAUGGUGGCCCCUAUCCGUGGAACUUCAUCAGGAGCUGGUGCCUCAGAGGCUGCUCCCACAGCUUCCAGAGAGGGCCUAGCUGAGGACAGUGAAACACAAGGCAAGGGCCCGGAAGCGGUGCUGCCAAAAGCCUCGGAAGCUACCGUCUGUGCGAACAAUAGCAAGGUCAGCUCCACGGGGGAGAAGGUGGUACUUUGGACAAGGGAAGCCGACCGGGUGAUUCUCACCAUGUGCCAGGAGCAGGGAGCGCAGCCUCACACCUUCAGUGUUAUUUCUCAGCAGCUGGGAAAUAAGACCCCUGUUGAGGUUUCCCACCGUUUCCGAGAGCUCAUGCAGCUCUUCCACACAGCCUGUGAGGCCAGCUCUGAGGAUGAGGAUGAUGCCACCAGCACCAGCAAUGCAGACCAGCUCUCCGACCAUGGAGAUCUGCUGUCUGAAGAGGAGCUGGAUGAGUGACUCUGCCAGAAUCCACCCGACAGCCGUCAGCACUGGAGACGGAUGGCACUUCACUCGUGGAGACCAUAAGGAAGCGAGCAUGCAGGUGGCCUACAGUUCAUCUCAGGGUCCCUGGUGAAGACCCUACAAACCCAGCCUGUACAUAGUACUGAGGAAAUGGGGCUUGCCUUGGUCUGGUAGCCUGUUUUUAAAUGUAUAGAUGUAUAAAUGUCAUGUAUCAGGUCCCGACAUACUGGGUUCCUGCACCCGGCAGCUUUUAUUAUAAAUUCUCUCCCCACCCCCUCCCCCGGACGUCAGUUGGAAAGGCCGCCGCCCUCCUGGUAGCACUGGGCCAGGCUGUGUAGCUCCUGCAGCAGCUCUUCCAUGUCAUCCUGCUCCACCCCGGCGUCCAUGAAGCUAGCCCAGCGCCGCAGGUCAAGUCUGGCGAGCUCGUCAGCCAAGUCUCUCAGCGUCCGCUGCAAGGAUGAAGUUGAACGCAAGGCCCCAAACACGGGGAUGCUCUGCACUGCUGCAGGGGGAAAGAAAAGGGAUGCCGAGUGGGCUGGAGUCUGCUCUGGGACUUUUAGACCUGACUCUGAAGCACAGCAGUGACGUGUGCUGUCCCUUAGUGUGCUCCCCAGAGGAGCUUGUAGUCAAGUAGAGGAACACUCAACUGUGAACUUUUUUUUCUUUGCACUUUUCAUCCAGGAAGAGAAAGUAAAACUCUCCUAUGUGGCUCAA